AGAUGAAUCAACAGACAACACAGUUCAGUUUUAACUUUCGAUUAACGGUAUUGUCUGAAAAUUAAGAACAAUGAGUCCUUCGAAGUUUGUCUAUGUGGUAGCUGUAUUAUUAGCAGUAGGUUCUGCUCAUGGAUCUCUGUCUGUGCUCAACAAAUUGAGACCUUCACAAUGGUUACCCUCAGCUCAUCUGGAAGGAAUACCCUCGAUCGAAGAAAUUUCUCUACAAAAGUUGGAAAAUAUGGCAGUGGAAAAGGGUGCUGAAUUAGUGGAAAAGAUUUAUCAUUUGUCACAAAUCAAUCACGCUUUGAAGCCCAGCUUUGUGCCCAGCCCAAGCAAUGUACCUUGUUAUAUUGUUAAGCCAAGUGGUCGUAAAGUGUCCACCUCUUUGGACAAAUUGGCUUCAACUUGCAAACAACAACCCAACUUUGGUGAUGAAGAAGUAACUAUUUUCAUUACCGGUUUACCCGCCACUACUGAAUCCGUUAAGAAGGCCAAUCGUAUGUUGAUCAAUGCUUUCCUCCAACGUUACAAUAACAAGAAACAACAACCACAAAAGUUCGAUUAUUCCGGCGAGAAAAUGUCACGCACUUCCAGUGAAGAAGACUCCAGUGAAUGGCAAAAACAACAGUCCUCUUCAGGCGAUCUUGUGAUUAUUGAUUUAGGUGCUAAAUUGAAUAGCUUCACACGUUUUGCUUUGUUGGAUGUUGAAGAAACUGGCGCCAUGGUUGCUUCCGCUAUUAUUGAUAUGACUGAAAAAUGUGAUGUUGCCGAUGAAACCGUCCAUCUGGUUGCUCAAGGUAUUGCUGCUCAUGUUGCUGGUGCCGCUGGUAAUGAAUAUACCCGUCAAACUGGUCGUCAAUUGAGACGUAUCACAGCCUUGGAUCCUUCCAAAGUUUUGGCCAAGAAUCCUCAUACUUUAACUGGUUUGUCGCGUGGUGAUGCUGAAUUUGUUGAUGCCAUCCAUACCAAUGUCUAUGGCAUGGGUACCAUCCAACGUGUUGGUGAUGUAGAUUUCUAUCCUAAUGGUCCUGCUCAAACUGUUCCUGGUGCUAAGAGUAUUGUUGAAGCUAGUAUGCGUGCUACCCGUUAUUUCGCUGAGUCUGUCCGUCCAGGCAAUGAACGCAACUUCCCCGCCGUUGCUGCCAACUCAUUGAAACAAUACAAGAAUAAUGAUGGUUUUGGCAAGCGUGUCUAUAUGGGUAUUGAUUGCGAUUACGAUGUUGAGGGCGAUUAUAUGUUGGAAGUGAAUUCCAAGAGCCCAUUCGGUAAGAAAGCUCCUGCUCAAAAACAAAACACUUAUCAUGGUGUUCACAAGGCCUGGAAGAAUUUCCGUGAUAACGAAUAAGCCAGUUGAAGGAUUAAAUGACAAUGCCUUAUAUGAGAGAUAUUGAUUGAUUAAAGCGAUUUUGUGUUUGUA